AUGAGUAUCUUUGCCUCUCACUCUCAGUUUCAACUCCCGAUGGACCCAUCUCGUUUGUCCGGAGGUCGCCCUGGAAGGCGAUACGGGGAGACCCGACAACAGCAAUCGUCGUCAUUCGGUGCCGCUUCAUAUACUGAUUCCGGUUCUGUAUUCAACAUGAACCCAUCCCCAGCGGACAACAACUUUAUCCUUCCAUCUUCUGCAACCUACACAACCAUGCGAUCUGUGCCUACGCAACAUAAUCUCUACUCUUCGCCACCAGCAUACAUUCCGCAGCGCUAUGCCGAGACCGAUCUGUCCUCGAUGGAUCAGUAUCAUCUCGCGCGAUCUCCUCCUCAUUCUUCAAACGCGGGCCCAAGUAUGGAGCAACUCUAUCUUGCAGACCAGUCUCUACAUCAAUACUCUCGAUCCGACCUCGAUCUCCCGUCCCAGUCUACCCUCGAGGGCCCCGAAUCUUUCAAUAGCAUGCUUCCCACCUCCUCCGCCGCUGCUGCCUACUUUCCCCUCGCGGAGCAGUGGUAUCCUCCUCUGCAGAAUCAACCUCAUCACCACCAACCAUCCUAUUACAUGACAUCCGCCCCUUCCUCAUCCACCUCAUCACCCCACCUCCCUACCUCCCACCUAACAUCCCUCUUCCCUCCACCCGGCACCCCCUGCCCAUCCUCUAGCUCCCGACUCUCGCCCCUCCCCAGCAGAGGAGACCGCCACUACUACUCCCACCAUACCACUAACGGUUACGGCAGCAGCAGCAUCGCCAGCAUGACCGACGACGACACGCAAGACACCAACACGCCAACCAGCCAACCGAGCCCCAGCCCGCGAGACCUCACCGAAUACGGCAUCCCCAACGCCGACGGCAGCUGGCGAUGCGCGUACCCAGGCUGCACCUCGCAAACGACCUUCCGUCGCGGCUGCGAUCUCCGGAAACACUUCAACCGACACCGCAAACACCUCUUCUGUCGGUAUCCGGAGUGCGCGCAGUCCACGACCGGCGGCUUCUCCAGUAAAAAGGACCGGGAUCGUCACGAGGCGAAACAUAACCCGGGUAUCUCGUGUGAAUGGCCCAACUGUCGACGCAUGUUUAGUCGGGUCGAUAAUAUGAAAGAUCAUGUGCGACGGGUUCAUCGGAGGAGGGAUUUCUGA